AUGGCCAUACGCACCAUCACCCUCUUGUUCCUUGCCGGAGUCAUCAGUGGCGCACUUGCACAAACUUCUGCAGCAGCCACACCUUCUUCUAGCCCUACACCAGCCACGAUCCCAGGAUCUGUGAAUGGCUGUCAUCUGACUGGGAGUGUUCAAUACUGCAUCGGACCUGAUGGGACUGAAUAUGAAAUUCUCCAGACUCCAGCCAUCGACCCGCUUCCGGAGUCCUAUAGUGACUGCCACGACGAUGGUAGUGGUGAAAUCUACUGUCAUGCCCCGGAUGGGAGUGAAGUACCGGUCGCGGCAGCGGCCGCGGGCCAUACCGAUGAGCACGCCGGCGAACCCGCUGGUGAACACGCCGGCGAACCGGCCGAUGCACAUACCGACGAAUCCACUGGUCAAGCGGCUGAAUCAACCGAGAACUGUGACUACCACGGCAAUGUAUUGCAUUGUUCUGGAGGAGGAGAAGGAGCUAUGACAUGCGAGCCCAUUGACCAAGAUUACAAUAUGAGCCUCCGCAUUGGCUUGAUCUUUGUUAUAUUCGCUACGAGUGGCUUUGCUGUCUUUGCUCCGGUGCUGCUCGAGAGAUUCAGCAAGAUGACUCUCAAAAGCACUAUAUUCACUAUCCUGAAGCAGUUCGGAACUGGUGUCAUCAUCGCUACCGCAUUGGUCCAUCUCCUCACGCAUGCCCAAAUGCAGUUCGAUAAUGAGUGCCUCGGAGAACUAGUAUAUCACGCCACAGCUGCAGCCAUUGCUAUGGGUGGAAUCUUUCUCUCAUUCGCAGUCGAGUAUAUUGGAAACCGAUUCGUUGCGCGACGAAACCAGGCCGAGUCUGCUUCUGUCGACUCGGAAGAACAACUAUCUACCUCGCCGAAAGAUACUAACCCUACUGUGCCGAGAACAUCAAAUACGUCAAUUGCUGCUUUAGGGCAUGCUCAUCCGAUUGGCCUACAUCCAGAUACUCAUUUCAGUGUCGCGGUCAUGGAAGCAGGUGUUAUGUUCCACUCUAUCUUAAUUGGCAUAAACCUCAACGUCACGCCCAACUCCGCCUACAAUACCCUCUUCGUUGUAAUUCUCUUUCACCAAAUGUUCGAAGGUCUCGCCCUCGGCAUCCGCAUUGCAGCUCUCAAAUCCAGCAUCUCGUUACUCACCAAGAUCAUCAUGGCUGGCGCGUUCGCAGUGAUCACGCCAAUCGGGAUGGCAAUUGGUGCUGGUGUUCUAGAAACAUUCAACGGGAACGAUCCGACCACUAUUGUCACGAUUGGAACGUUGAAUGCGCUUAGCGCAGGGAUUCUUCUUUGGGUCGGACUGGUGGAGAUGCUUGCGCAUGACUGGAUGUAUGGCGAUUUGGCAAAUGCUGGAUUGGUCAGGGGCAUCGUCGGAGGUGCAAGCCUGGUCGCUGGACUGGCACUGAUGAGCUUACUUGGCAAGUGGACUUAA